GGCUCAAGCCGUUGACGCCCACGGUUCCUUGGCAGUACGUAUCUGUUACCUGACACCCCGCCCCGCCAGCGAGCCAUGACCGCCGCUUCUCUAUCCGAGUCUGAGGCCCCGCGACCGACCAUGUGGGAAACUGCAGCCUGGGGUAUGUUCUACGGCGCAGGGAUCAUCGGGUGCCUGCUGGUUUACGGGCUCCUCCAGGAGCGCAUCAUGUCGGAGCCGUACGGGGGGGCUAGCGGAGAGCUGUUCAAGGUCUCCGUGUUCCUGGUGCUCUGCAACCGCAUCGUGGCGGUCUCCUUCGCGGCGGCGAUGAUGGUUACCAAGGGUGAAGACAAGAAGAACAUGGCGCCGCUGUGGAAAUACCUGGCGAUCUCUCUGUCCAACGUCGGUGCGACGUGGUGCCAAUACGAGGCCCUCAAGUACGUUGCCUUUCCUGUGCAGAUGCUGGGCAAGAGCUUCAAGAUGAUGCCAGUUAUGAUCUGGGGGAUCCUUAUCUCGCAGAAGCGCUACGGUUUCACCGAGUGGGCUGUUGCUGCAGCCGUGACCGGUGGUGUGACCGAGUUUCUCAUGACCGGGAGCAUCAAGGCCAAACACUCGUCUGGCACGAGCGCGCACGGUCUGCUCCUGCUCCUGGUCUUCCUGGGCCUCGACGGCUUCACCUCCACGUUCCAGGAGAAGCUGUUCAAGCAGCACAAGACCACGAAGUAUAACCAGAUGUUCUACGUCAACAGCUUCUCCGCGAUCGUCUCCUUCGUGACGCUGCUCGCGUCUCAGAAGGCCGGGGAGGCCCUGGGCUUCUGCGCCAGGCACCCCGCGAUCAUGACCGACGCCCUCACGCUGAGCGCUGCGGCCGUCGGCGGCCAGUGGUUCAUAUAUUCCCAGGUGAAGGAGUUCGGGGCCCUGGUCUUCGCGGCCACCAUGAACCUGCGGCAGGUGGUGUCCAUCCUGGUCUCCUACGCAACUUACCACCACACCAUAAACGAGCUCCAGAUCCUCGGGCUGCUGCUCGUCUUCGGCGGCCUCUUCUACAAGAGCUACGCGGGCCUCCGGGCCGGCCCCGAGAAGCCGGAGGAGACGAAGCCGCUGCUCUCGAGCAAGCCCGCCCCAGGAGGCGGCGCAGCCGGCGGCCAAGGAGCCGUGACCCGCCUCGGGGGCGGGCGCCCUCCGCCCUGCCGAGGGGGCGGGGCGCCGGGCACCGAGGGGCGGAACACGCUGGCCAUGACCAGAUCGACGCCAACCCUUCUGCGUUCGGUCUUGGUCACGGUCACCGUCUUCUUUCCCUGCAGAGCAGCGCGCGGCCACAGCGCCUGGGCGCUGUCGACCUCAGCGGAUGGCCCGAGAACGCCCGAAGGGCGAGGGCGA